AUGACUGUUGGUUGCAUUAGAAAAGCAGCUACCGAGGUUCUAGGGGUAUCAAGAGGAAUCUUUGAUAGUCGUCAAGGAGAUUGGUGGUGGAAUAGAGAAGUACAAGGCAAAGUGAAAACUAAGAAGGUUGCUUAUACGGAAUGGUUGGAGUAUGUGGAUAAGGAUAAUAAGAGUAGGCUUAAAUAUAUCUAUAAGAAGGCGAAGACAGAAGCGAAGUCGGCGGUCCCCAGUGCUAAGACGACAACUUUUGAACGCCUAUAUGCCGAGUUAGGAGAAAAAGGUGGGGAUAAGAAAUUGUAUAGGCUCUCCAAAGUGAGAGAGAGAAAAGCCCGUGACUUAGAUCUUGCAAAUGUGUCAAGCUUACUUCCACAAACUCUUAAAUGA